CCGCCGCGGUCUGGUCCCCGCUCGCCGCGACCCGACGCGCCCCCCGGCCCGUUCGCGCUCUCGGUCCAGAUCGCAGCAUGCCUUCCGAGACACCCCAAGCAGAAGAGGAGGCAGCAGGGUGCCCCCACCUCUCAGGGGCACCCUCAGCAAAAGGGAGCCUGGAGCAGGGGCCCCCGGGGGACAAGGACACCAAGGAUCGCCUGUGGAUCCGGCCAGAUGCCCCGAGUAGGUGCUCCUGGAACCUGGGCAGGCCCAUCACCGACUCUCCGCAUCACCACACUGCCUUGGCAAAAUCCCCCAAAAUCUUACCAGAUAUCCUGAAGAAAAUUGGAGACACCCCCAUGGUGAGAAUCAACAAGAUCGGGAAGAUCUUUGGCCUGAAGUGUGAGCUCCUGGCCAAGUGUGAGUUCUUCAACGCUGGCGGGAGCGUGAAGGACCGCAUCAGCCUGCGCAUGAUCGAGGAGGCCGAGCGGGCCGGUACCCUGAAGCCCGGGGACACCAUCAUUGAGCCGACGUCCGGGAACACAGGGAUCGGGCUGGCCCUGGCUGCGGCAGUGAAGGGCUACCGCUGCAUCAUCGUCAUGCCAGAGAAGAUGAGCAUGGAGAAGGUGGACGUCCUGCGGGCCCUGGGGGCUGAGAUCGUGCGGACACCCACCAAUGCCAGGUUCGACUCCCCCGAGUCACAUGUGGGGGUGGCAUGGAGGCUGAAGAACGAGAUUCCCAAUUCUCACAUCCUGGACCAGUACCGCAAUGUCAACAACCCGGUCGCUCACUACGACAGCACGGCCGAGGAGAUCCUGCAGCAGUGUGACGGGAAGCUGGAUAUGCUGGUGGCUUCGGCAGGCACAGGCGGCACCAUCACGGGCAUUGCCAGGAAGCUGAAGGAGAAGUGUCCUGGGUGCCAGAUCAUUGGGGUGGAUCCCGAAGGCUCCAUCCUCGCGGAGCCCGAGGAGCUGAACCGGACGGAGCUGACGGCCUACGAGGUCGAAGGGAUCGGCUAUGACUUCAUCCCCACGGUGCUGGACCGGACGGUGGUGGACAAGUGGUUCAAGUGCAACGACGAGGAGUCCUUUGCCUUUGCCCGCAUGCUGAUUGCCCAGGAGGGGCUGCUGUGCGGUGGCAGUGCGGGCAGCGCCAUGUCGGUGGCCGUGCGGGCAGCCCAGGGGCUGCGGGAGGGCCAGCGCUGCGUGGUGGUCCUGCCCGACUCUGUCCGGAACUACAUGUCCAAAUUCCUGAGUGACAGGUGGAUGCUGCAGAAGGGCUUCCUGAAGGAGGAGGACCUCACGGUGAAGAAGCCCUGGUGGUGGCACCUCAGAGUUCAGGAGCUGAGCCUGUCGGCUCCACUGACAGUGCUGCCCACGGUCACCUGUGAGCACACCAUCGAGAUCCUCCGAGAGAAGGGCUUCGACCAGGCGCCUGUGGUCGACGAAUCGGGGGUGAUCCUGGGGAUGGUGACUCUGGGGAACAUGCUGUCCUGCCUGCUCGCGGGGAAGGUGCAGCCGUCGGACCAAGUCCACAAGGUCAUCUACAAGCAGUUCAAGCAGAUCCGCCUGACGGACCCGCUGGGCACGCUGUCGCGCAUCCUGGAGAUGGACCACUUCGCCCUGGUGGUCCACGAGCAGAUCCAGUCGCGGGACCAGGCCUUGGCAGGAGAGGUGGGGGGGCCUGCAGACCACAGCCACGGGAAGUCCAAUAAGAAGCAGAUGGUGUUCGGGGUCGUCACUGCCAUUGACCUGCUGAACUUUGUGGCAGCUCGGGAGCGGGACCGGAAGACAAAGUCAGCAAGUGCCUUGGAACCCAGGGCUGGCGGGGCUGCAGCCCAGCUCUGACCUGCGCACAUGCCGCCUGCUCUUGUGCUCUCACAAACACUAAGCAACAGCCUGUGUGCCUUGUAACUGUCUGGUGCUGGGCAUUGCCCUGUUGCCAUGGCAGCAAGGAGUGGGUGUAGGGUACUCAGCCCAAGGCCAGCAGAAAUGUUAGUUUCCCUUUUAUUAACACCUGACACUUGGAUGAAUCUAUGAUUUAUUAGAAUGUGCUUUUUUUUAAUUUUUUCUUCAAAAAUGUUUCAACAAGGAAAUCUUAUGAAAAGGGAACUCGGCUGGGUAGGUGAACCCAGGCAAGGACUGGGGCAGAGUGGACUGAAGGCAGAGGAAGUGCCUUUCCCAGAGAAGCAUCCAGAAUGGGGAGCAGCAGGGGGGCUGAGGUGUGGAUGAGCUCAGGGACCCCCAUGCAGUAGUGUUGUCUGCUCAGGGAUGGGUGGGUUCAGUGGCUUGAGUGUUUGGGUUAUUUUUAAUUGAGGUGAAAUUCACAUACCAAAAAUGAACACAUUUCAAAUGUCCAGUUCAGGGCACUGGUUACAUUCACGCUGUUGUACGGUCACUACCUGUGUCAAGUUCCAGAACAUUCCCAUCGCCCCUAAGCAGACAUUCCCCUCCCUGCCUCCCGCCUCUCCUGGCAGCCGCUGAUCGCUUUCUGUCGCUAUAUGGUUUGUCAAUUUGGGACGUUUCGGAUAAA